UAUAUACACACAUGUCAAUAAAUUUAGAAACGGCGCUACGAGCAAUGGUAUGAGGAUUUAAAGGAACAAACAGAAGGUGAAUUGAAAGAGAUGACAAGCAAAAUCAGUCUUUUAACAGAUCAGAUUGCUUUCGAAAGAAGAGUAUCAGUAACUCAACUUGUUAUUAUGGUCAGCUUAUUUGUUUUUAUGGCAUUAUCCAGAGGAACAUUCAGCCCGCUCUCGCCUGUCAUGGCUGCUCAACAAGAAGAACGUAAGCGAAGAGAAUCAAUCGAUCUUUCGUCAACAGGCGUGUCUAAAAUGGAUCCAUCAACCCUGACGAAAGAAUCAGCUACUACUAAAGAACAGAAACAGCAGUCUAAACAGAGUCAAGGAACUAUCAGUGCCAAUCUUACAGAUGCUUCGACAAAGGAGAAUGAAGAUAGGCAAAACCAAAAACCGGUCGCCAUAGCAACUGGUGUUCCUAAACUGAAAGAUGCCCCGCUAAAAAAGCCAACCAACCCUAGACGACAUAGUGACAGCCCAUAUCAUUUAAUGGCUCGUAAAGCGGAUGGUCAUAGUAGUAGUAGUAACAGUACGAAAGGAAAUGAGUAUCAUAAGCCUUGCAAUAGUAGCAAUAGUGCUAGCACAAAAUCAACUCGAAAACAGAUGAGCUUUGAAUCGCUAGGUAUAAAAGUACAAGAUGAUAACGAAUUUUUGAAGCAGCUCGAUGAUGCCUUAUUGAAACAGCAACAGCAAGAACGGCUACCAGCAACAGUUAUCGAAAAAACGCCUCAAAACAAAGGAUCUGAACCAGCAGAUGGAAAAGAAUCCAACCAACGACAGAAAACACCAUUGCUGGACAAUGACAUAAGUUCAACGGACCUCGAAUAUAAAAUGAUAAACUCUAGUCCUAACUCGUUAGAGUAGUGAUACUGAACAGUGAAAGAUCUCUAGAAAUAAAACCAUGUCGUAGACGACACGAGAUAGCCGCUUUAAACUCCGUUUAAUGCACUUUAAAAUCAAGUUUCUUUUUUUUUCCUGAAAUUGAU